AUGGACUCACAGAAGAAAAACAAGACCCGCUCUUCGAAGGCUGGGCUCAUUUUCCCCGUAGGCCGCAUACUUCGAAUACUGAAAAGCGGGAACUAUUCGAGGAAAGUCGGCAUUGGUGCCUCUGUAUAUCUCGCUGGGGUUGCUGAGUAUUUGUCUACUGAGAUAAUGGACUUAGCAGCGCAAGCGGCCCAAGAUAAUAAUAGAAGUCGUAUAUCGCCGCGCCAUAUCCUGCUAGCAGUGAAGAAUGAUGAUGAGCUCCGGAAACUCCAGGCUGGCAUCGUUAUCUCUGAAGGCGGUGUGCUGCCUUCCAUCCAUCAAGAGCUGCUGCCGAAGAAGACCGUUAAAGCGGGAGCGCAAGAAGAUUGA